GUGACCAUGUUUCGUCUGUGUUUCUCACUCUUCCUGUGUUUGCUUUGGCUUGGACUGCUCUGUCUCACAGAGGCAGUGGAAAACCAAGCUGAAUCAAGGGAAAAAAGGAGUGUUCCUAACUGGGCCCUGACAUCCUCAGAUUUUUUCGCCUGGAUUGAAGAGCUGCGUUCUCACGCUGGCUAUGACAAGAUUGAGGAAUUGGCCAGAACCUUCUGGGCUCACUUCCCUUCCGCCAGCCGCCUGGGUUAUGACCCUCCCGCUCCAGAAGAAUAAAGCCAUCUGAGUUGGAGUCUGUGUUGUAAAGGCUAUUUGCCCCUUUCAUUAUAACACAGCUCUUGGAAAAAGAGACAAACAGUCUUUAUUAUUUAGCUUAACUUGAUUUGAGCCAGGCC